AUGUCGUUCUGGAGAGAAACUUUCCUUAAUUUGCGUCAUGCCGUCCCGAAGACCGCCCCCGGGGAUCGCGCAUGUCGCGCCCAAUCGAAACGGUUUCUCACUUAUUCCUCACAGAGUCCUCGAGUGACUGCCUCCAAUCAGUACGCAUUGCACGCUAAGAGACCUGGGUUGACUGUGAGUCAACGGCGGUCAUGGAACGGAUUGAACCCAGAAUACCGAAGCUUUUCGGCCACCGCGGGAGUCCAACAUGGACACAUCACACCUCCGAAGCCCGGGGAGGAACUCAACAUCUCGUUCAUCGAUAAGGAUGGCGAGAAGUACGACUUCCAGGUAUCUGAAGGGGACAAUUUGUUGGAUAUUGCGCAGGCCAAUGAUCUCGAAAUGGAAGGAGCCUGCGGCGGUUCAUGCGCCUGCUCGACAUGCCAUGUCAUCGUGGAGGACCCCGACGUGUUCGACAAGAUGGAAGAACCAUCCGACGACGAGAAUGACAUGCUGGAUUUGGCAUUUGGACUGACAGAGACUUCUCGGCUAGGAUGUCAGGUUAUCAUGAGCAAGGAGCUUGAUGGACUAGUUGUCCGUCUACCCUCUAUGACCCGGAACUUGCAGGCGAGUGACUUUGAACCAAAGAAAUAA